AUGUAUCUAUCUCAAUCUCUUCAUAUCUAUCUAUCUAGCUAUCUAAACAUACUUUUGUUCGUAUCUAUCUCAGUCGAUUUUUUUUUUAUCUAUCUAUCUAUCUAUCUAUCUAUCUAUCUAUCUAUCUAUCUAUCUCAGUAUAUUAAUAUCUAUCUAGCACUUUUGCUCUAUUUUCCUUCUUCUUUCUUAAUUCUUGUUUUUAUUCCUUUCGCCAUUUUUAUUCUGUCUCCUUCGACCCCUUUUAACAUCUUCCCAUUGUUUUAUUGUAUUUGCGCAUUUUCAACUCCUUUUGUUUUCUCUCAUUCCCUUUUCUCUUCUAGUCUUUCUCUUUCUUUCUUUCUUUCUUUCUUUCUUUCUUUCUUUCGCGGGCGUUUUUCCUAUUUCCUUUACGUUCUUUCUCUUUGUUUUUUUACAUUUCUUUUUUUCUCUUUUCUUUGGCCUCUUUCCGCCUGCAAUUCUUUUUUCUUUCUUUUAAUUUUCUCACUUUCAUAUUCUUUCUAUUUUUCCUUCAUUUACGUCUCUGUAUUUAUUUUUCUCUUUCUUUCUUUUUUAGUUGAUUCUUUCCCCUUUCCUCUUAUUGUUUCUUUCUUUCUUUCUUUUUUUUUUCUUCUUUUGCAUUUAUGUUAUUUUUUCUCUUUGUCUUUCUCUCUUUUCCCUUUCACUUCUUUCUUUAUUUCUUUUAUUUUAAUCACUUUUAUUUUCGUAUAUUAUUUUCUUUAUUUUCUUUCUUCUUUCUUUCUUUCUUUUUUUCUUUUCUUUAUAUUUUUCUUUUUUUCUCCUUCGUUUUCCGUCCUUUUUCCUUCACACUUUUUAUUUUUCCCACUUCAUUUCCAUAUUUUUCUUUUAAUUAUCUUUCUCUUGUUCCUUUCAUCCUUUUAA